GAUAAUUAAAUCCGGACUCGUCGAUUUUCAUUGUACUGGCAAUUUCACUCUCACUUAAUGAGUGGAAAUAUCUUAAGGUCAACAGGCUCCGACAAGGAUCUCUUCAAUGCUGGUCGUGUUGUCGAUCGUUUCGUCGACAGCGUCAAACGACCCUUCAGCAAUACCCCCCUGUCUACUCGCGACAUUGAGAAUCUCUCUGAACAUCGGUGGCCUUAGGAGGAAGAGCGGUUAACGAAGACUGUGUUCCCAGGCUUUGAAGAUCACUCGAACGUGGGAGUGAGCCCCGAAGAGUGGAGAGGAGAACUGUGACGGUUAAUGGAGUAUAGAGGUCAUGUGUGGC